GUCAGAUCUUUCAGAGUGCACCAGGCUGGAACGAGCAGAGCUUCUUAGCAACUCUCUUCUCCGCCCCCCCUCCCCUCAUUCUCGCGCUCUCUUCCUCCCUCAGACAACUCGCCCCCCGCCCUCCGCCCCCCUCCACGUAAUUCCGAAAGAGCAGAAGAAAGAGAAGGAGAACAGGAAAAGAAGAGCUAGUAAGGGAGAGCGAGAGCACAGAAAAGAAAAAAAAAAAAAAAAAAAAAAAAAAAGCCUUAAGAGGACCGAAGGGGAGGAAAGGAAAAGGAUGGACAACCACAAAACGCAGCGAUUGCGGAAAUUUUCCAGCGCCAUUGGCUGGGCAGCGUGAGUCCUUCGGUCGGGCGUGAUUUCAGCACCGGGGGAACUGGACAGCACCUCGGGGGGACUUCUGGGCAACCCGCAACCACAGCAAGAACUCCACCAGCAGCCUCAACAACAGAAGCCGCGGAAAACCCUGCUUUGUAUCAGAGAGGCAAGGAUGGUCGCUGUUACUUUGUGAUGAGAUCGGGGAUGAAUUGCUCGCUUUAAAAAUGCUGCUUUGGAUUCUGUUGCUGGAGACGUCUCUUUGUUUUGCCGCUGGAAACGUUACAGGGGACGUUUGCAAAGAGAAGAUCUGUUCCUGCAAUGAGAUAGAAGGGGACCUACACGUAGACUGUGAAAAAAAGGGCUUCACAAGUCUGCAGCGUUUCACUGCCCCAACUUCCCAGUUUUACCAUUUAUUUCUGCAUGGCAAUUCCCUCACUCGACUUUUCCCUAAUGAGUUCGCUAACUUUUAUAAUGCGGUUAGUUUGCACAUGGAAAACAAUGGCUUGCAUGAAAUCGUUCCGGGGGCUUUUCUGGGGCUGCAGCUGGUGAAAAGGCUGCACAUUAACAACAACAAGAUCAAGUCUUUUCGAAAGCAGACUUUUCUGGGGCUGGACGAUCUGGAAUAUCUCCAGGCUGAUUUUAAUUUAUUACGAGAUAUAGACCCAGGGGCCUUCCAGGACUUGAACAAGCUGGAGGUGCUCAUUUUAAAUGACAAUCUCAUCAGCACCCUACCUGCCAACGUGUUCCAGUAUGUGCCCAUCACCCACCUCGACCUCCGGGGUAACAGGCUGAAAACGCUGCCCUAUGAGGAGGUCUUGGAGCAAAUCCCUGGUAUUGCGGAGAUCCUGCUAGAGGAUAACCCUUGGGACUGCACCUGUGAUCUGCUCUCCCUGAAAGAAUGGCUGGAAAACAUUCCCAAGAAUGCCCUGAUCGGCCGAGUGGUGUGCGAAGCCCCCACCAGACUGCAGGGUAAAGACCUCAAUGAAACCACCGAACAGGACUUGUGUCCUUUGAAAAACCGAGUGGAUUCUAGUCUCCCGGCGCCCCCUGCCCAAGAAGAGACCUUUGCUCCUGGCCCCCUGCCAACUCCUUUCAAGACAAAUGGGCAAGAGGAUCAUGCCACCCCAGGGUCUGCUCCAAACGGAGGUACAAAGAUCCCAGGCAACUGGCAGAUCAAAAUCAGACCCACAGCAGCGAUAGCGACGGGUAGCGCCAGAAACAAACCCUUAGCUAACAGUUUACCCUGCCCUGGGGGCUGCAGCUGCGACCACAUCCCAGGGUCGGGUUUAAAGAUGAACUGCAACAACCGGAACGUGAGCAGCUUGGCUGAUUUGAAGCCCAAGCUCUCUAACGUGCAGGAGCUUUUCCUACGAGAUAACAAGAUCCACAGCAUCCGAAAAUCGCACUUUGUGGAUUACAAGAACCUCAUUCUGUUGGAUCUGGGCAACAAUAACAUCGCUACUGUAGAGAACAACACUUUCAAGAACCUUUUGGACCUCAGGUGGCUAUACAUGGAUAGCAAUUACCUGGACACGCUGUCCCGGGAGAAAUUCGCCGGGCUGCAAAACCUAGAGUACCUGAACGUGGAGUACAACGCGAUCCAGCUCAUCCUCCCUGGCACUUUCAAUGCCAUGCCCAAACUGAGGAUCCUCAUUCUCAACAACAACCUGCUGAGGUCCCUGCCUGUGGACGUGUUCGCUGGGGUCUCGCUCUCUAAACUCAGCCUGCACAACAAUUACUUCAUGUACCUCCCGGUGGCAGGGGUGCUGGACCAGUUAACCUCCAUCAUCCAGAUAGACCUCCACGGAAACCCCUGGGAGUGCUCCUGCACCAUUGUGCCUUUCAAGCAAUGGGCAGAACGCUUGGGUUCCGAAGUGCUGAUGAGCGACCUCAAGUGUGAGACGCCGGUGAACUUCUUUAGAAAGGAUUUCAUGCUCCUCUCCAAUGACGAGAUCUGCCCCCAGCUGUACGCUAGGAUCUCGCCCACGUUAACUUCGCACAGUAAAAACAGCACUGGGUUGGCGGAGACCGGGACACACUCCAACUCCUACCUAGACACCAGCAGGGUGUCCAUCUCGGUGUUGGUCCCGGGACUGCUGCUGGUGUUUGUCACCUCCGCCUUCACCGUGGUGGGCAUGCUCGUGUUUAUCCUGAGGAACCGAAAGCGGUCCAAGAGACGAGAUGCCAACUCCUCCGCGUCCGAGAUUAAUUCCCUACAGACAGUCUGUGACUCUUCCUACUGGCACAAUGGGCCUUACAACGCAGAUGGGGCCCACAGAGUGUAUGACUGUGGCUCUCACUCGCUCUCAGACUAAGACCCCAACCCCAAUAGGGGAGGGCAGAGGGAAGGCGAUACAUCCUUCCCCGCCGCAGGCACCCCGGGGGCUGGAGGGGCGUGUACCCAAAUCCCCGCGCCAUCAGCCUGGAUGGGCAUAAGUAGAUAAAUAACUGUGAGCUCGCACAACCGAAAGGGGCUGACCCGUCACUUAGCUCCCUCCUUGAAACAAAGAGCAGACUGUGGCGAGCUGGGAGAGCGCAGCCAGCUCGCUCUUUGCUGAGAGCCCCUUUUGACAGAAAGCCCAGCACGACCCUGCUGGAAGAACUGACAGUGCCCUCGCCCUCGGCCCCGGGGCCUGUGGGGUUGGAUGCCGCGGUUCUAUACAUAUAUACAUAUAUCCACAUCUAUAUAGAGAGAUAGAUAUCUAUUUUUCCCCUGUGGAUUAGCCCCGUGAUGGCUCCCUGUUGGCUACGCAGGGAUGGGCAGUUGCACGAAGGCAUGAAUGUAUUGUAAAUAAGUAACUUUGACUUCUGACAAAAAACAAAAAGUGCUGCAUGGCUCGCAUGGAAUCCACGCACUCCAGGGACUCUGCCCGCCCCCGCGACUGGAGACGGCAUCUCGUUCACAGCACCCACCCUCUUACCUGAUAAGUUCCAUCGUAUCAAACUUUCUAUAAACAAAAUACAGUAUAAUCAGAAAGUGCCAUUUCGCCAUUAUUUGUGAUCGGUAGGCAGUUCAGAGCAUAAGUUAACUGUGAAAAAAAAAUGUAAAGGUUUUAUUUAAGACAUUUGCAUGGCUAGUCAUCAAUCCAUUUUAUGAGUUAACAAUGUAUUUUGUUGAGGGAAGUUUUUAGGGGUUGUUUUGGGUUCUUUUAUUUUGAUGGUGAUGUUUUAUUUUAUUUUAUUUUUUUCAGGGGGUCUUUUUUUUUAAUACAUAUCCAAUAAUGCCUUCCAUCUGAAUGUAAAAUAAGUACCCAUGAUUUCUAUUAUAGUAUCAGUGUAAUUAUUUAAAAAAUGAUCUUGAGGCAGUUAAGCAUGACCAAUUAAUGUCACUCUAGUGCUUAGGCUGCGAUCCUAUGGUAGCAAUUCUGUGCUGGUAUAAAUCUUACUUAUAAAGUAGGAAAAGAGAACCGAGGAAGCACGUGAAACUUACUAAUUCUAUUCGAGGAUUUUAUAAUGGCAUAUUUUUUCAGUAUUAAAGCGAAAAUGUUUUCAACUCUGGGUCCU